GGCCAUCUCCAUUGUAUUCAUUCACUCGAAAUGUCCCGUUUGAGCUUGGCUGUUCUUGUGUUCGGUUUGGUCGGUGCCGCCUUCGGAGGCGUCCUCCCCGAUCAGUACGCUGACUGGGAAGGUUUCAUCGUCGGAGGUUCGAACGCCGGCGAAGGCCAGUUCCCGUACCAGGUCUCGCUGCGUUCGGCGGCCAAUGCUCACUUCUGCGGCGGUUCGAUCAUCAACAACAACUGGGUCCUGUCGGCUGCUCAUUGCACCGUGGGAAGAACCACCGCAAACACGAUUGUUGUCGCCGGAACUCUUCUGUUGAACGCCGGUGGCGAACGUCACCCAUCGAGCCAGAUCAUCAACCAUCCACAGUACAGCUCGCUCACGCUGGCUAACGAUGUAUCGGUGGUUCGCGUUGCCACUCCAUUUGUGUUCACCGGCACUAUUGCAUCGGUUGCCCUAGAGGAGAACUUCGUUAACACUGCCAGUAAUGCUCAAGCCUCCGGUUGGGGACAGACUUCGAACCCAGGAUCAAUUCCGAACCACAUGCAGUGGGUCAACGUGGAUAUCAUCAGCCUGGAAGAGUGCCGCAGCCGACACAACGUGGUGAAUGCCGCCCGCGUCCAUGACACCACCAUCUGCUCGUCCAGCCCCACGGGUAUUGGAAUGUGCAUGGGAGAUUCCGGUGGUCCAUUGUCGCACGGCGGUCGCCAGCAGGGUAUCGUUUCGUGGGGUAUUGCCUGCGCUCAAGGAUUCCCGGAUGUGUUCGCCCGUGUGUCGUCGCACCGUGCUUGGAUCUUGCAGAACACUGCCAACUAGGCAUUUCGAAAUUGGUCAUGUUGUAUCUAGUCUAGAUAAGUGAAUCGGAAUAAAUUUUGUGAAAAAUAUUAAA